GAAUCUUCUGUCAAUUGUGAAUGCUAUAUCAGCAAUGUCUAAUUCUGAUUAGAAUUGGAUAUCAAAAUACUUCAAUUUUAUUUUACUGUUGGGAAGAAUUGCCUACGGAUAGCAGUUCAUUAUGUACCCAGGACUUUUAAAAAACGUGCUAGUGAGGUGCUACGCCACAAGCACUAAUAUUUCAAAAAAAAUAAUAUGCAAACCAAUUAAUAAAAUAUUAAUAUCCAAUCGAGGCGAAAUAGCUUGUCGCAUCAUACAAACUGCAAAAAAAUUGGCUAUUCGGACAGUAGCUAUAUAUUCUGAUUCUGAUGCGAAUUCACUACACACACAAUUGGCUGAUGAAGCCUAUAAUGUUGGUCAAGCUGCAUCCUCCUCAUCGUAUUUACGUGGUAGCAAGAUAAUAGAAAUAGCUAAAAAAUCUGGUUGUCAAGCCAUUCACCCAGGCUAUGGGUUUCUCUCUGAAAAUGUGGAAUUUGCGGAACUAUGCCAAGAAGAAAAUAUUAUAUUUAUAGGACCACCAAGUGCAGCAAUACGUGAUAUGGGUAUUAAGAGCACAAGUAAAAUUAUAAUGGCGGCAGCAGGUGUGCCAGUUAUAAGUGGAUAUCAUGGUGAGGAUCAAUCAGAUGAGCGUCUGCUAGCUGAGGCGGAAAAAAUCGGAUUUCCACUCAUGAUUAAGGCUGUGCGAGGCGGUGGUGGAAAAGGCAUGCGCAUAGUUCAACGAGCUGAUGAUUUUAUGACUGCCUUAAACUCAGCACGCACUGAGUCACAAAAAUCAUUUGGUGACAAUUCGGUGCUAUUGGAGCGCUAUGUCCGCUCCCCACGUCAUGUAGAAGUCCAAAUAUUUGCUGACCAAUACGGCGAUGCUGUCUAUUUAUGGGAACGUGACUGUUCAGUACAACGUAGACAUCAAAAAAUUAUUGAAGAAGCUCCAGCGCCCGGGUUAAGUGAAGAACUUCGUUGUCAACUUGGAGAAGCGGGUGUUCGUGCAGCUAAAGCGGUGGGUUAUAUCGGUGCUGGUACUGUUGAGUUUAUAAUGGAUAAGGAAGAUCUUUCAUUUCAUUUUAUGGAAAUGAAUACAAGGUUGCAAGUAGAACACCCCAUAACUGAAAUGAUUACUGGUACAGAUUUAGUGGAAUGGCAAAUUCGUGUAGCAGCUGGUGAAAAUCUGCCACUGUCGCAAGAGGAAAUUAAAAGAAAAGGCCAUGCUUUUGAAGCACGCAUUUAUGCGGAGAAUCCAAGGGAAGGGUUCUUGCCUUGUGCUGGGCACCUUCGUUAUUUAGUUACACCACAGCCAACCAAAAAUGUGCGAGUAGAAACUGGUGUCCGAGAAGGAGAUGAAGUUUCAGUACAUUACGAUCCAAUGAUAGCAAAGUUAGUUGUAUGGGGAGAAAGUCGCAGUAAGGCACUCAAUAAUUUGAUCGCAAGAUUAAGUGAAUAUAACAUCACUGGAUUGGAAACGAAUGUCAAUUUUUUAAUUGAUUUGGCUUUGCAUCCAGAAUUCCAAAAAGGAAAUGUGCAUACCGGGUUUAUUGAUCAACACUUUGACACACUUUUUCCAUCAAUAAACAUUAAAAAUCAAGAUGUCUCUAAAGUAGCUUUAUCGUUAUUAUAUAAUGAAUUAUUAGCAUCUAAAUGCAAUGUAAAGCAUUGUGAUCCUUAUAAUCAGGUGGUGAACAGUCGUUUUAAUUAUGAUUUGCUAAGAACAUAUCAUUUAAAGGCAAACGAUAAGGUUUAUUCAGUUUCUGUCAAAAAUGACAAUGAUUGCAUUCAAAUUAAAUUUAGUGAGGGUGAUUGGGUGACGGUUAAAGUGGAACAAGUUUUUGAUGACGACCGAUUAAAAUUACGCACCGAUAUUAGCAAUAAUAUCUCCACAUUUACUGCUAAUAUUGACGAAACAGGAGUGACAGUUUUUUUGGAAAAUGGUAAACUACAAAUGGAAGUUGUUCAACCUAAGUUUGUCAAUGCACAUAUCGAUCAGCUAAGUGGUGGCACUUCAACAUUAAUAGCACCAAUGCCAGGAGUGUUAGAAAAAAUUUUGGUCAAACCAGGCGACCAUGUGAAAAUUGGUGAUAAUUUAGCAGUACUCACUGCCAUGAAAAUGGAACAUGUUUUGAAAGCACCAAAAAAUGCCAUAAUAAAAUCUAUCAGCGCAUUAAAAGGCGAAAAUAUAGCUAAAGGCGUUGUAAUUAUUUCUUUUGAAGAGCCCGAGGAUAAAUAAAAUUGAUGGACUAUUAGCUUAUAUAUCGUACCAGUUAGAUAUGGCAUUUAUUUUGUUUACAAUUUCUAUUAAUAUUGUUUUAGUUUUAUGAAAGAAUUU